CGGAGGUUGCGGUGAGCUGAGAUUGCGCCACUGCACUCCAGCCUGGGUAACGUGCAAAACUCCAUCUCAAAAAAGAAAAAAUAAAAAGAGAAUUGUGAGGGGACACAGACCACACCAGGACGUCUUGCUCACAACCGUACCCUCCUGUCCAGCACAGUAAAUAGCAGGCGGUGCCCAAAGAUUGUCCUUACUCUGAGUCACACAGGAAGUUCUGGGCUUUCACUCCGUAAGGCAACAGUGACUCAAACUCUGCAGCCUAAGAACGAGCAGCCUGAUCCAGGGUACCGGGUGGGCAGGAGGGGACAGGGCCAAGUUCAAGCUGCACACAGAGCUGAACACAUCAUGGGGGUAGAAGAUACUUGUUGGUGACGUCUCUGCCUUUUCUCUAAGGGGAUGGUGAGGGAGGCCAGUGGGCCAGGGCGUACGGGCAGUAGGUACGGGAAUGAGGGCUGACCCUGCUGGCCUCACCACACCCCUCCUCCUCAGCUGGCGUUGCAGACGGGGCGUGAACCCCCACCCAUUUGGCGAGUCCAGAAGGCCCUUCUGCAGAAAUUCACUCCAGAGAUCAAGGACGGUCAGAGGCAGUUUUGUGCCACCAGUAAUUAUUUGGGGUAUUUUGGGGACGCAAAAAAUCGGUACCAGCGCCUCUAUGUAAAGUUCCUGGAAAAUGUCAAUAAGAAGGACUACGUGAGGGUCUGUGCUCGGAAACCCUGGCAUCGGCCCCCAGUGCCAGUCAGACGCUCUGGGCAGGCCAAGAACCCCACAUCUGCUGGGGGUAGCUCUGCACCUCCCCCUAAGGCCCCAGCACCACCUCCCAAGCCUGAGACCCCUGAAAAGACGACAUCCGAGAAGCCCCCAGAGCAGACGCCUGAGACAGCUAUGCCUGAGCCCCCUGCCCCCGAGAAGCCCUCCCUCCUGCGGCCUGUCGAAAAGGAAAAGGAGAAGGAGAAGGUGACGCGUGGGGAGCGGCCACUGCGGGGCGAGCGGGCCGCCAGCGGACGGCAGACGCGGCCAGAGCGGAGUCUCGCCACAGGACAGCCUGCCACAUCCCGGCUGCCUAAAGCCCGGCCUACCAAGGUGAAGGCUGAACCGCCCCCUAAGAAGAGGAAGAAAUGGCUGAAGGAGGCAGGGGGCAACGCUGCGGCAGGUGGGGGCCCACCAGGCAGCUCCUCGGACUCAGAGUCCUCCCCUGGAGCCCCCAGCGAGGACGAGCGGGCAGUACCUGGGCGUCUGCUGAAAACCCGGGCGAUGCGGGAGAUGUACCGGAGCUAUGUGGAGAUGUUGGUGAGCACAGCACUUGACCCAGACAUGAUCCAGGCCCUGGAGGACACGCAUGACGAGCUGUACCUGCCCCCCAUGCGGAAGAUAGACGGCCUGCUGAAUGAGCACAAGAAGAAAGUCCUGAAGCGGCUGUCACUAAGCCCAGCCCUGCAGGUGCCUGGGGCGUCUGGGCAGGGGGUGUCUGGGGCCCAGGGUCCACAUAGAGAAGACAUGUACGUGUUGGCUGCUAUUGGGGAGGGUGAUUCUUGGAAGGAGAUUGUCCUUCUGGGCUCAGAUGGGAGAAAAGCUGAGGGCAGGACUGUCAGGAGAUCUCUGGGUUCUCAACAGCCGUGAAGCCCACAUGGGGAGGAGCUGUGGGCCUUGGGGCGGCGGAGGGGAGGUUUUGAAAAGCUGGGCUGUUGUUGCGGAGAAUAAAGUGUGGAGCCAAACAUAGACUAGGCCUGCACCCAAGGCUGGUGCUGGACUGAUAGCUUCUUCUUGAGUCCAGAGCAGGCUGUUAGGAUCCCAGGCUUCCGUGUUAAGUCAUCUGUAUGAUUUCCCUUCUGGGAUAUUCUGGGAUGGACUAUCAGGGCUCUGAAAUCCAAGGUUAAACUAAACUGGCUCUGAGGAUUCUGGUUGGGAUGUUAGUGUGGCACUUAGAAUUCCGGGAUAGAGUGUUAGGGUAACUGAGACUUCUGGAAUCGAAUGUUAUUCUGACUUUGAGAAUUCUGGAAGGCUUGUAGUGAGUCUGAGAAUUCUAGGCUGAUACUAAGAAUUCUGGGAUAGGCUGUGAGGCUGGCGCUGAGAUGGCUGGUGGGAAGUUAGUCUUAGAAAACAUGCAGGGAGGCCGGGCGCGGUGACUCACGCCUGUGAUCCUAGCAC